AUGCAUGUAAACGGUGACAAGGCGCGCCCUUAUCUUCUUCUUUUGUUUCAUAAAACGAAGAUGCACGCUAUCUCGGUUCUUGCCGUACUUGCACUUGCUUUCAGUUGUACAUUAGCCUUCGAUGCUAAACUCAAUCAACAUUGGAAAUUAUGGAAAGAAACUAACAACAAACGUUAUUUCGAUGCUGAAGAACACGUUCGCCGUGCCAUAUGGGAAGACAACUUGAAAAAAGUUCAAGAACACAACCUUCAAGCUGAUCUUGGUGUCCACACACACUGGCUCGGAAUGAACAAAUAUGCCGAUAUGACCCUCAGCGAAUUCGUUAAAGUCAUGAACGGUUACAACGCUACCAUGCGAGGACAACGCACACAAGAUCGUCAUACAUUUUCAUUCAACCCAAAGAUCGCAUUACCAGACACCGUUGACUGGCGUGACAAAGGUUAUGUAACUGACAUUAAAGAUCAAGGCCAAUGCGGUUCAUGCUGGGCUUUCUCAUCCACUGGUGCACUUGAAGGUCAACACUUCAAACAAACCGGCAAACUCGUUUCGCUCUCCGAACAAAACUUAGUCGACUGCUCAGGCAAACAAGGUAAUAUGGGUUGCAACGGUGGUUUGAUGGAUCAAGCUUUCGAAUACAUCAAAGAAAACAACGGUAUUGAUACCGAAGAUUCAUACCCAUACGAAGCUGUUGACAAUCAAUGUCGAUUCAAAGCUGCCAAUGUUGGUGCCACCGAUACCGGUUUCACUGAUAUCACAUCAAAAGACGAAAACGCUCUUCAACAAGCUGUUGCCACAGUUGGUCCCAUCUCAGUCGCUAUUGAUGCUGGUCACACAUCAUUUCAAUUGUACAAACACGGUGUCUACAACGAACCAUUCUGCUCACAAACCCGACUUGAUCACGGUGUCUUAGCUAUUGGUUAUGGUACAGAUUCAGGCAAAGAUUACUGGCUCGUUAAAAACAGCUGGGGUGAAGGAUGGGGUGACAAAGGUUACAUCAAAAUGACCCGCAACAAACGCAACCAAUGUGGUAUUGCUACUGCUGCAAAUGAUUCACCAUUUGGAUCCGAUGAACAUAUUUACAUAACUGAACAUCGUUCGCUUGUGAUUACAAUAGUCUUCUUCUUAAUUGGUUUAUUUGGAAAUGUUGUUAUGCUACUCGGUAAUGGUUACAUACUUCAUCAUUCAUACGAUGGAGAAAAGCGCACAUUUGAGAACUUUCUGAUCGAAAUCACGUGUUGUGAUAUGACCGUUCUUCUGUACCAUUUAAUCAAUUCAAUCAUACGCUAUAAAGCAGUACCAGAUCAUCAGACCGAUCGAAUGACAGGUCUGAUCAAUUUGUCGACCGUUUGUUGUAAACUAUUGACGUAUAUCGUUCGAAUUUCCACGUUGAUGUCACAUUGGUUGAUCAUUUUGUUACUUUCAAAUCGAUUAUUGCUGGUCUAUCCGAAGUUCUACCGAAUGAUUACAAUUGUCAAUGCAAAAUAUGCCGUAGUCGGCCUACUUUUUCUAUUCACUCUUUUCAAUGUUCCACCGAUCGAGUCGAUGUCUUUCGAUAAACCUCUACUCAUUAUUCCCAAUUCGACUAAUACAACAACUUUCCACCAUCAUUGUCUGAUGAAUGCAGAUAUGGCUGAUUUGCAAGCUUCGAUUCAUUCGACCGUUGUUCUGAUUAACGUAUUUUUCUACACUGGCAUUGGACUUAUACUGCCUACGAUUGUGAUUUUCAUUCUCUCGUUCAUACUUUUCCGAAAAGGUAUACACAUUUGGAACGAACUACAUUCUCAUCAUUCCGAAACAGAAAAUAUCUCUUUACGCUGCGAUUCUCCCGUUGUGGAUUACCUUCGUACGUACAAUGCCGCAUUUGCAUUAUCCAUUGUCUUUGUGUUUCUUUCGUUCCCUUGUAAAUUACUUCGCUUAAUUGUUCUUUUCGCAUCGCAGCAUAUCGAUGAUUUUCUCUCAUCAAAUCACAUUCUUCUACAAGCACAUGAACAAAUGCAAACGAUCGGUUUAGCAUUUGAACUGUCACUUUAUUCAUACAAAUGUUUCGUAGUCAUUUGUACACAUUACCGUUUUCGUUGUGCAUUAAAAUAUCUAUUAACGUAUCAUCGAACGCAUAUUAUCAUUGAUCAACGACGUGCUACAGUCGAAAGUCAUUAUUCACAUAAAAGCGUCUAUGAACGGCAAUCACGAACAAGUGUCCCAUUCGAAAAUUUACAUUCACAUCUGCAACAAAAUGAUUUCCAGUCAGCUAUGAUUAUGUACAGAACUAGCAUAGCAUCUCAUCAGCUCGGCUCGAAGGAACGCAUGAGCGUAUCUAGUCGACGAACAAAAGAAGAUCAGAUUUCUUUGUAA